AUGGAGCUGGAUGCCGGAGAGCUCGAAGCCGAGGAGAGGCUAUUAGACAAUGCGUCGCUGGAGAUACAGGAAGCGUGGUUGUGCGAGGAUCUGCUGUACACGCUGCAGGGCGUCGAGGGCUCUCUGAUACGUUAUGACGAGUCCUAUGAUCCUAUGGAUGAGGAUCAAAGGUUAAGAGGAGUUAAAUGGAAGCUCGAUCCGUCAAUCAGCAAAUCCCUCCUAUCCCUUGUGGAGAGACUGGUACCUCUUGGCACAUACUUCACAUCCGUCGAGGCGUACAUGGAGCUAAGGAACACAUCAGAGUACGGGAUGGCUAGUCAAGCGCUAGGCAGUGGCAUUCGAGCCAUGCUCAAGGAGUACCGUGUUCUCGUGGCCCAGCUCGAGUCUCUGUUCCUCAACUCGUCAACAUUCACCCUUCAGACCCUUUACUUCCAUCUACAUCCCACCAUACACACCAUGUCACUCCUCUCAUCUCUGUGUCUCGCACUCGACACUGAGGAUGCAAAAGCGCCAGGUGGAGAUUCCGACGACGACGAUGAUGAUGAUCCUCUCGGCGGAAUGGCAGAAGAGCUUGGUCUCGCUGGGGAAGGCUUGAAGGGAUUGAUGAAGAAUCUCAAGGUACAGGAUGGCGUGGGCAUCUCGGGCGGUCCAGUCUUAGGUGGAGAAGUUUUGGGUAUCAUUUGCGAAAGAGAAGCGACGAUGAGCGGGGACCCAACGGCGGCGACUUUACAUUCGACAUUACUGCUACAUGCUUCGCAACCUUAUUGCCGCAUGCUCUUGACCUGGGUCACUACAGGAUACCUCUCAGAUCCAUUCGACGAAUUCAUGGUUCGAGAAAGAGGGCACAUCAACAAGGGUGUCCUGGAAAGCGAUUACACGGAUGAGUACUGGGAGCGCCGAUACACUCUCCGAGAUGGCUCUUCGCUCGCUUCGUCCUCAAAAGCCGCCUCGGGUAAAUCCACCCCCUCAAUAUCUGCCGGUGUCCCACCUCCAAGGCCAGGAACCUCACGUCUCCCAGGUGGAGCAUGCAUUCCCUCGUUUCUCCAAGCAUGGAAGCACAAGAUCCUACUGGCCGGCAAGUACCUUAACGUGAUCAGAGAAUGCGGUAUCGAGGUGAAGAAGCCGGGGGAAGUGGAAGAGUCGGCGGACCAGAUGGUCGUCAUGACGGAUCCUGUAUUCUACAAGCGCAUUGAGGACGCCUAUAUCUAUGCCAACAAGACGCUUCUCAAGCUCAUGCUGGACGAGCAGGAGCUGAUACCGCACCUGAGAUCGGUCAAACAUUUCUUCUUCCUCGACCAGUCUGAUUAUCUUACCAACUUCCUUGACGUGGCUGCCUCUGAACUUCGCAAACCUGCCAAAUCUGCGUCACUCGUCAAGCUCCAGUCAUUGAUGGAUCUGGCUGUUCGAAAUCCUUCCAGUUCGAGCUCAUACGACCCAUUUAAGGAUGACCUCAAAGUUACGAUGCAGUCUCAAGGCCUUUAUGAUUGGCUGUACAAGAUUGUCAGUAGGACUGGCGGUCUGAGUGAGGAUGGAGAAUGGGACUUUGCAAUGGAUGACAGGGAGGACGAAGGAACAAAGCGUCCAGAGAAGGAAAAGACGCUCUACGCCAUCGAUGGCCUUGCCCUCGAUUAUUCUGUCAAGUUUCCGCUCUCGCUGGUGAUCUCUCGUAAGACCUUGACGAGGUACCAGAUCAUCUUCAGAUUCCUUCUCCACCUGCAUCACUUGGAAUCAGCCCUUGGCGCCAUGUGGCUGGAACACAAGUCGACGGCGUGGAGAUCACAUUCAGGCAACGAGGAUCUGGAACGCUGGAAGACCCGUAUAUACUCCCUCCGAUCGAGAAUGAUGGCAUUCGUUCGACAGGUCUUGGCAUUUGCGACUAGCGAAGUACUGGAGACAAACUGGCGCAUGCUGGAGGAUAAACUGGCCAAAGUCGAGACGGUGGACCAAGUGUUGAAAGAUCAUGUCGAUUAUCUGGAUACGUGCUUGAAACAGUGCAUGUUGACCACGCCAAAGCUGUUAUCGGUCUACGCUAAGCUAAUGGCUACCAUGUCUACAUUCGUGGCUUACUCAUCGAGCCUGACUUCGGCAGUCACCAAAUUUGUGGAAGACCCAAUGGCUGAGUCUGAUGAGGGCAAGGUGAAGCAGAGAUGGACCAUCUUGGAGCGGUUCGAGAUCAAUUUCGAUCACAAUGCGAGGCAUCAUCUAGACGCUGUGACAUAUAAUGCGGGAUCUGAAAACGUGGCCCUGUUGGCGCUGGUAACACGCUUGCAUCAGACUACAUUGCGUAUAUAA